AUGUCGUACACAGCAUUACGUCACACUCAAACAGAGGCACAUACACCAUGUCGCCAGGUGUUAAUGAGCGAGGAUUCGACAGCGACGAGAUCCGCAGAGAGCAUCGAGCUGGACUGGCAUGGCGCUAACCAAACUACCCGCGUGCGCAGAGUCUACAAAGCGCAUAACUUGGAGUUUGACUCGCGCAACGCGAAGCAGUUGCAAGCUCAGCUGGAUGGAGCUCGUGAUGAGCAGCAAAAGCGCUCUCGUCAGAGAAUGGCGAGAGUUCUUGAAAAGUUGAACGAAGCCACUUCCGAGGAGGACCCAGACAGUGCGGCGUCGGACGAUCUCCCCAAAUCGCUCCUGGCCCCUGAGAUUCCUGUCGCGCCACUCAAAGGCGGCGAAUGGACGCCUCAGCAGAGGCAAAAGAUCCAGGCGGCUGCACGAAAAGACGCGGAAGAGGAAGCGCACGUGAUCUGGGGGAAGAAGAUCGACUUGGACGAGUUCAACGAUCGAGUGAAGCUUACGCAGCUCGAAGCCGGUGAGGAGUUCUGGGUUUUGGUGACCAAGGAGGGCAAGGAGAAGGUACCGUUGGCCGACCCUCUCCAAGAUAAUGCUCUGGACGAUGGCGUGCCGCCGCAUCACGGCGUGGCAGCGAACGUGGAGAAGCUGAGGAGAAAGGCGGAGGACAAGGAGGAAGCACGGGUGAACGAUGCAAAGUGGGUCAAAUCGAGUAUCUCUGCCCAUGGCCGCUCGGGCAAAGCUCUGGAACCUCCAAAGCUUAAAAGGAAGCGCGUCGACCAAUACUUCGAGGCAUACCUUGCUGAGAAGCCUUGCAAGGAGGACACGGACCUGAGCUUGCCACCCGAUCUCGAUCGUUAUGCUCGGGACGAGGACCGCAAAUUCGCGUUUCUCCUGCCACCUGGUGAGCAUUCUGCCCAAACGAAACGACAGAUAGCUCAGAGGCGCGAGGCUCAGUGCACGGUCACUUGGGAGGAGCUGAGGCGCUGUGAAGCGGCGCAUAAGCGCAGAAAGAUGGCGAUGGAAGCCUACCUCGCUCCUGUCGCGACGACUCUCGCUGCUUCUGAGGCCCAAGAAGAGACUUCGCAGGCCUCGACGCCACCCUCGAUAGCACCGUCCGAGUCAUAG